AUGUCUUUCACCGGCACCCAACAGAAAUGCAAGGUUUGUGAGAAGACAGUUUAUCUGGUGGAGCAGCUAUCUGCUGAUGGGGUUGUUUACCACAAGUCUUGCUUCAAGUGCUCCCAUUGCAAGGGGGCGCUAAAGCUCAGCAACUAUUCCUCAAUGGAAGGGGUUCUGUAUUGUAAGCCUCAUUUCGAACAGCUCUUCAAGGAGACUGGUAGUUUCAACAAGAAUUUUCAGUCACCAGCUGCAAAGUCAGCUGAGAAGCCAACUCCAGAGCUGGUAAUUUUCCCUACUGCACUGCAUGUAUUCAUCAUUUGAUUUUGAUUAUGAGUGGGAAAUUUUAUUGAAAGGAGUCUA